AGGGGUCGGCCAUGACAGUUAGUUCCAUAUUUUCGAUUGAAUCCGUUGGUGUGUCCACACUCGUUCCCUCACCGAUUAAUCCCGAAAUAAUCCCCCCAAAUACCCGUAUAAAACAGCAAAAUACGUUAAAAAAUCCCGUUGAACCCCCAUCAAGGGAAGAAAGGAUUCUUGUUGAAUGGGAGGUGCGGUGGUGGCCAUUAUUAUAAGAUUGGUGGGUGAGUGGUGAGGUGUGAGACGUAGAGAGAAAACGUUGGUAAAAGGAGGAUAAGGCAAGGUGAGGUGUGCCCCCCUUGCGUCGAAACAAAAACGGGUCGUCGACGUACGGGAGAUGCAAGAACCCCCGACGGCACCAUCCACCACGAUGAAAAAUGAAGACCGCCCAGAGGAUUUCAUCUGCAGGUUUCAUUGAACGAAGAUGAACAGUGAUCAGCAUGCACUGCCAGCGACGACGCAGGCACAGCAAGAGGAAGUAAACACGGGUCAAAGUGGUCGUCCUUCUUAUCCAGUUGGUUUGACAUCUUCAUCGAGUGGAAAUGUAGGGACCACUGUGCCCCAUUCGUCACCAGAUCUACGUGUAGGUACAGCAGUAGCAUUAGCGUCAUCAGUAGCUAAAUAUUGGGUCUUGACGAAUUUAUUUCCCGGGCCGAUACCCCAGGUAUCCGUUUAUCAUCCACACCACAGUGCAACACCAAGAAGUGGUGCUGGUGGUAGUGAGAUACAAACAAGCAAAGAAACGACAAUAGCCCAGGAUAUGGCGUUAUCCUCAAACUCACAUCAUCAAACAACGAGUUCAACGCAUCAUCAUCAAUCAACGGUUACCACUAGCAGUCAUCACAGCUCUUUACAAUCCCCCCAGAUACCAGUGUCACUACCUGGAUUAACUCUGGACGGUUCACAUUUGUCAUCGAGCCAUCUCCAAGUUGCUCACGCACAGAUGCAACAGAUGAACGCCCAACAGCAGCAGCAGCAGCAGCAAUUACAUCAGGGUCAGCAGGGACAGCAGGGACAGCAGCAGUCACAUCAUCAGAUGCAGAAUCAUCAGAACAGCAGUAGUGGUGGGGGCCAGUCUGGCCGGGAGGAGAAUAAAGUUAAGGAUGAAGGGGGCAGUUGCACCACUGAGAGGUGCAGUGAUAAUCAGGUGCACUGUCAGGUACAGUGUGAUCUUCAGCUAACUCAACAACAGGAUUUACAACAGAGCAUGAUGCAGAAUCAGGGACAGAAUCAGCAGUCACAGCAGAUUGGUGUUAAUGUCAGUGGUAAUUCAGGCGCUGAGACUGCCAGCCAGAGUAAUUCCGAGAAAGGGGAAAAGAAGGAGGAGUUGAGACAGCUGAAUAUGACACAGUUCCAAGUGCCAGAUUUGAAACCAGGUGGUCACAUGAUGGACGUAAGAACGGCCGAUGGUUCGGUAGUGAAAAUAAGUGCUGGAAAUGAACAAGAUCUCGCUAAAAGCCUUGGAGUCGAGAUGGUGCAAAAUAUGUACAAGGUCAAUGUCGAGGACAUAAAUCAGCUGUUGGCCUAUCACGAGGUGUUCGGCAAGCUCCAAAGUGAAAUAGCAGCUGGUACCACCCUCGUUGGUGGCACAGUACCAACACAAACAGUCACUACCAUUCAGAACGGCACACCAAUUGUUCAACAAGUGCAAUUGAAUAAAUUCGAUAUUAAAACGAGUGAUGGUGAGGCAACACCAGGACCAAGUGCAUCGCCAGUAUCAGUUGGCAGUCAUGCUUGUGAAGUUUGUGGAAAAAUAUUUCAAUUUCGUUAUCAGUUGAUUGUUCACAGACGAUAUCACACGGAGAGAAAGCCCUUCACUUGUCAGGUAUGUGGAAAGGCUUUUACCAACGCAAAUGAUUUGACCAGACAUGGAAAGUGUCACCUGGGAGGUUCAAUGUUCACGUGCGCCGUAUGUUUCCACGUAUUUGCCAAUGCCCCCUCAUUGGAGCGUCAUAUGAAACGUCAUGCUACUGAUAAACCGUACAACUGCACCGUGUGUGGCAAGAGUUUUGCUAGAAAAGAGCAUUUGGAUAAUCAUACACGGUGUCACACUGGAGAAACACCCUACAGGUGCCAAUACUGCGCCAAAACAUUCACCCGCAAGGAACACAUGGUGAAUCACGUGAGAAAGCACACGGGUGAGACACCCCAUCGUUGUGACAUUUGUAAGAAGAGUUUCACCCGAAAAGAACACUUUAUGAAUCACGUUAUGUGGCAUACCGGUGAGACACCCCAUCAUUGCCAAGUUUGCGGUAAAAAAUACACAAGGAAGGAGCACUUGGCUAAUCACAUGCGUUCACACACUAACGAUACGCCAUUCCGCUGUGAAAUUUGUGGUAAGUCGUUUACGAGGAAGGAGCACUUCACGAACCACAUAAUGUGGCAUACUGGUGAGACACCGCACCGUUGUGACUUCUGCUCCAAGACAUUUACACGAAAGGAGCAUCUUCUGAAUCACGUACGCCAGCACACGGGUGAGUCUCCACACCGAUGCGGCUUCUGCUCCAAAUCGUUCACCAGAAAGGAACACCUUGUUAACCACAUCCGCCAACACACAGGUGAGACGCCUUUCCGUUGCCAGUACUGUCCGAAAGCUUUUACGCGGAAGGACCACCUGGUGAACCACGUCAGGCAGCACACGGGUGAGUCACCGCACAAGUGCCAGUAUUGCACUAAAUCUUUCACGCGGAAGGAACAUUUGACAAAUCACGUGCGUCAACACACAGGCGAAUCGCCACACCGAUGCCACUUCUGCUCCAAGUCAUUUACGCGUAAGGAGCACUUGACGAAUCAUGUACGAAUUCACACAGGGGAAUCACCGCACAGAUGUGAAUUCUGCCAGAGGACAUUCACGAGGAAAGAGCAUCUCAAUAAUCAUCUGAGACAGCACACUGGGGACUCAUCGCACUGUUGCAAUGUAUGCUCCAAGCCGUUUACGAGAAAGGAACACCUGGUGAAUCACAUGCGCUGUCACACGGGUGAGCGUCCAUUCGUCUGCACAGAGUGCGGCAAGAGCUUCCCACUGAAAGGAAAUCUUCUCUUCCACAUGCGUUCCCACAACAAGGGAAGCAAUGCUGAGCGUCCUUUUCGCUGUGAUCUCUGUCCAAAAGAUUUCAUGUGCAAAGGCCACCUAGUAUCCCACCGUCGUUCACACUCGGACGAAAGACCACACAGCUGUCCCGAUUGUGGCAAGACAUUCGUUGAGAAGGGAAAUAUGCUGAGACACUUGAGAAAACACGCAACUGAGGGACCACCAACUCAAGUUAGCACACCAUCAGCUAUACCUCAACCUGGUGUAUUGCCACUACCAACAGCAGCUGCUGUCCUAGUGGGACAUCCACUGGCACCACCAGCACCACCAGUUGUACCACAACACACUGUCGUCGUGCCCACACCGCCCGGGGUUCUAACGUCCUACUGAACCUAGAUAUUUGGACCAAUUUAGAGAGCAACUUAUUAAACUCCGUAGACUAUUCACUUUUUGUUCUAUUCGCAGGGGAACUUUUUGGAAAAUUCUCUGGAAAAUGUGAGGUACUUAUUUUUUUUUCUUUUUCUUUUUAUAUCAAUUAUAUCAAAUCGAAGAUUUUAAUUGUCUUUUAAUGUGACUCCUUUAUUUUUCAUCAUUCCUCAAAAUAUCAAACGUGUCUCAUAUUUUUCAAUCAAUUUUCGAAGUUUCCGCUCUUCAAUAGAUAAAUCUGGUGCAGCAACUCAAUUAUUUAGGGAAUACCUGAAUUUUUGGUCCAUUGAGGUCUUGCAUGAGGUUUUUUUAUUGUCGAAUAUGAGAGUUGAAUGGAGAAUGGUGAAUAGGUAAAUUUUUAUUUGACAAAAUGAGGGAUGAAGAAGUUGUAGUGGAGUUUUAAGAUCUGCGAUACCACAUGCAGUUUUUCUUUUGUUGAUUAUCAUUCUUUCGUUUUUUUAUGAUUUUUACAAAUCGAAAAAAAAUAUGUCUUUCGUAUUUUUCAAUUGAGAAAGUUCCAGGGAAAAUCCUAAUUAUCCAUCCUCUGUGAGAUAAUUGUGCACUUGUAUGUAAACUUGACUGAUAUGGGACUGAAAAAAACGUAAAAGAAGAAGAGAGAAUUUAUAAUAGUGCGACGGUGAAAAACUGGAAACCUAUAAAUAACAAUAAUUACGGAUGUAGAAUUUACAUUGAUUGAAUUUAAACAAACAAAGAAGAUUUAAUCAAUUUUCUGAUAUGCGUUUAGAAUGUAACUGUAACGAGAUUACAUUUGUUUAUUAAUCAUUAGCUUCUGUUGAAGAAAGAUCUUAAGAAAGCCUCUGUAUAAGUCAGAGGAAUUCUGUUUCGUUCAACUCUUUCUCUUCUUACUUAGUUUGAAUAGUUUUAUACAUAUUGGGAGUACGUGCUCCAUUAAAACAUGUGUAGAUAAUGCAAAAAUAGAGUAUUUACUGAUCUGUGAACAUUGUAAACAAGAUUAAGAAAAUCAAGGUGAGUAUAUAAGGAAGAAGGGGGAAAAAAUACUAAUUUCGUACGUCUCUUUAAGUUUGUAGCCAUUGUGUCAAGUGCAAUAUGGUGUUAGCUUCGAUAAGAAAUAUCCCACAAAGCAGAAGCGUAUCGAAGUGAAAAUAAUGUCUCAGAGACGUUUUCUCAAAUUUUGUUAACUUUCUAUGAUGAAAAGAAGUUUAUGUUUUAUAAAAUUUGGAAAUAAUCAUCGUUUUGUAAUCUUCGCCCAAAAUUUAUUAUUUUUAGAUAUAAAGAGGAAACAAAAUUUAGCUCUAAUUGACCUAGAGAUUGUGUAAGGCCAUGUAUUUGUGUAAGAGUAUAAAAUAAAGGAAUAAAAAAAAUAAUGGGACAGGGAGAUGCCGGUUUUAUGGCCCCCAGGUGACUCUAUACAUGAAAUAAAUAGUUUCGAGCCACCCAGGGCCAUACGACAUGGCAAUUAUGUAUAAUAAAAACUAUUAAACCCGAAGUAAGAUUAAAAAAUGGUACAUAUGAUUAUCUAAGUUGUAGCUCUCGCAACACACGAUCAAAUUGAUAAUAAAAUUGAAUUAAUGAAUGGACUAACGUGUAAUAAUACGUUAUGGGCCUGAAACGAGUAAACCCGUAGGAACUAUAGAUUCAUAUGAAGAAAGAAUCUAUAAAUGAUGAAACUUUAGUGUGUUCGAGUAAAUCUAAUGUAUCACGUACUAUCCCAAAUAAUCAAAAACAAUUUUUUGUAAAGGAAACGACAAAUUAUAUGUCAUAAAGACGAAAUACCAAAACAAAAGCAUCGAGAGAGAGAGAAAUUGCACGUGAAUUUGAUGAUACGAUGGCUUAUAUACAUCAUGUAUAUAUUAUAUUGAUGGAUAUCAAGGGAUUAUUGAAUGACAGCAAGAGAAAACUCUCGGAUGUUCAGUUUUAUGAAUGAUUAUCCUCCAAUUUAAUGUCCAAGUCAUCAACAAACAACUCCAAUACCUUCUAAUGAUCUAAAGAUAUGAAAUAGAUUUAACAGAAAUAAUAAAACGAGAACGAAUAGAAUUAAUGUUUAUAUGAAUUAUUAUUACAGGAGGAAAAGAGGAAUAAUACUAUGAUUACCGUUAUGUAAGAGUUAAGAAGUUGAUUUAUGCUUUUUAGGAUUGAUUUUCAUUUAUUUUUGUCAUAUAUUUGGAUAAGAUGGAGAUCAUUUUGGUGAAUGGGAGAUUGGAAAAUAUGAAUGGCUUCAAUCAAAUGCAAACUAAUCAUUCUUUGCCAAUCCGAAGCGAAAUCUUUUAUUUUAUUUUUCUUUUUUUUUUUUCUCUUGUAACUUUCUUCCUGGGAUCUAAAAUCUGCAGAGACCCUGCGCGCUUCGGCUUGGAGAGAACCAGGGUGAUGGAAAAAAAAUAGUUCACGAAUAUUUGGAGAUAAUAAAUAGAGAGGAUGAAGUUUAUGAUUUACCCUUUUUUUAGAUAGAUCAGAAGAAAAUAUGUAUAGAAUUUUAUUAUGCACCAUUGUAAUAUUAUGUAACCCAACUGCGACGCAAUAUACACUGGUGUUAUGUUAAAUGUGA